CGAGCGAGGAGGGUCCGUUUUGUUUAAAGCGUUCCGCUCUCUCGCUGUCAACACUUGGCUCGAGCGCUGCUGCUGCUGCGGAGCAACGACGAUGUCGGAGCCGGAGUCUCUGAGGUGCUCCAGUGCCAGGAACCGUGGAGGCGUACAGAGGGUGGAAGGAAAACUGCGAGCCAGCGUAGAAAAAGGGGAUUACUAUGAAGCACACCAGAUGUAUAGGACUUUAUUUUUUAGGUACAUGUCACAGGCAAAACAUGCUGAGGCCAGGGAGCUGAUGUACAACGGGGCUCUACUCUUCUUCAGCUAUAAUCAGCAAAACAGUGCAGCAGACCUGUCCAUGCUGGUACUGGAGGUGUUGGAGAAAUCCGAGACAAAAGUUGAAGAUGAAAUAUUAGAAAACCUGGCUAAGCUGUUCAGUAUGAUGGACCAGAACUCCCCAGAGAGAGUAGCGUUUGUGUCCAGAGCCUUGAAAUGGUCCACAGGAGGAUCCGGCAAGUUGGGUCACCCAAAACUACACCAGCUGCUGGCUGUCACCUUGUGGAAAGAGCAAAACUACAGUGAGUCUCGUUACCACUUCCUGCAUUCGUCUGACGGGGAGGGCUGUGCGCAGAUGCUGGUGGAGUAUUCGGCGUCACGAGGCUUCCGCAGCGAGGUCGACAUGUUUGUGGCGCAGGCCGUCCUACAGUUCCUCUGCUUAAAGAACAAAAACAGCGCUUCCGUGGUGUUCAGCACAUACACAGAGAAACACCCGUCCAUAGAGAAGGGCCCUCCCUUUGUCCAGCCUCUACUAAACUUUAUCUGGUUUCUGCUGCUGGCAGUGGAUGGGGGUAAAUUAACAGUUUUCACAGUGUUAUGUGAGCAAUAUCAACCUUCCCUGAAGAGGGACCCCAUGUAUAAUGAGUAUCUCGACAGAAUAGGACAGCUUUUCUUUGGAGUUCCACCCAAACAAUCCCCAUCAUACGGUGGACUGCUAGGAAACCUGCUGAACAGCCUGAUGGGUUCAGGCGAGGAGGAUGAUGGGGCUGAAGAAGCUCAGGAGGACAGCAGCCCCAUAGAGCUGGACUGAGCCUGCACCGGGACAAAGAGAACAAACGAACACACACACAUACACACACAAAAAAAAGAGGAAGACCACGCCGCCUCCCUCCUUCAACCUCCACAACGAGGGCGGGGCGAGGCGCCGGUCUGUGUUUUCAGAGCCGUGCUUUUUCCAAAAAAAAUUCCCCUUUCCCCAUCCAGUCUAAAAUCAGAGCAAGUAUCAAGCCGCCAAAAAAACACCCCUCUCAGCACUGCCGGGAUUGACUGCGCCAAACUGCAAACUCUCCCCGUAUUGAAUAAUUGUAAGAUUAUAUUAUUUUAUUUUAAUCAUUAAUUUUGUUAGUUUGGGACUGUCUGUUAAGGGUGUAUGAUUUUAAAACCUAACAAACUGCCCUCUCCCUGUGAAAACCUGCUCCCAAGAGAUGGGAACGGUUGGAGUGUCCCAGUGGAGAGGACAGCAUUACAUGUGAAAUCUCUUCAUAAUGUUGUUGAUUACAUUAUAAGAGGAUUUAGUCAACUCACUACUAUUAUCUUUUGUUUGCCGGGCAGCCGCACAGAGUUCUAUCAGAGCCGUCAGUGUUGCUCUUUUUGGCACUUAGCAACAACUUUGUCCGCUUAAAGUUUCUUCUUCCUGUAGUAAAUUAAACUGAACUUGUAGUCAAGGCCACCUUUGGGUGUCUACAUGGACAAAAAGACAACUGAGCUCUGUGUAAGUUAUUACCAGAAGUUCUCUUCCACCUUGAAUAUCAACCAAACAAAUCCUCUCUGCAGACGGUGUACAACAGUCUGUAUACAAACAGCCCCACUGUAGAGGCCCCACACUCUUUUUUUACUGUGCACUUGCUGAACUGCUGCUGAGCUUGUUUGCAUCUCCGAGAGGAAUUAUGUGGGGAAAAAUCUAAACUUGGCUUUUUUUUUUGUUACAGUUGCCAAGUCAUUAAAAAAACGUGUGGCAUUGAAGAGUUUGAAGCACUUCUGUUUUACUGGCUGUUGGCUCUGAUUGUAAACCUGUCGCAGUGAAAAAAUAAAAAGUCAAAGUUGGGGUGACCUUCCAAGUUUGUAAAGUGAUCUUUAUUAGAGGAGAUGCUGUGAAAACUGGUGUGGAGUGAAUCUUGCUUUUUCUGUUACAAAAUGUUAAUAUCUAAAUGCUUCUGUUUUCCUUUUUUUAACUUCCGUUAAAACAAUUCCUCUCUGAGGUGGAGCAGUUCAGCGGGUGCACAGUCAAAAGUGUGAUUCGUACAAAAGCUGCUGG